AUGUUCGCGGUGCCGCUGCGCAGGGCCCGCAGGCCGGUGUUCCUAGCGGGCAGCAUGGCCAUGGCCACGGCCGGGAGGAGCAGCCCGGCCCGCCCCACCAACCGGCUCAUCUACGAGAAGUCCCCGUACCUGCAGCAGCACGCCCGCAACCCUGUGGACUGGUACCCUUGGGGUCAGGAAGCCUUUGAUAAAGCGAAGCAGGAGAACAAGCUGAUCUUCCUGUCAGUCGGGUACUCCACCUGCCACUGGUGCCAUGUGAUGGAGGAGGAGUCCUUCAAGAACGAGGAGAUCGGUGAGAUCAUGAGCAAGAACUUUGUGUGCAUCAAGGUGGACCGUGAGGAGCGGCCGGACGUGGACAAAGUGUACAUGACCUUCGUGCAGGCCACCAGUGGCGGCGGGGGGUGGCCGAUGAGCGUCUGGCUGACUCCGGACCUCAAGCCCUUUGUUGGGGGCACGUAUUUCCCCCCUGAGGACAGCGCUCAUCAUGUGGGCUUCCGGACUGUGCUGCUCCGCAUCGCAGAGCAGUGGAGGCAGAACCAGGAGGCCCUGCUGCAGAGCAGCCAGAGGAUCCUGGAAGCGCUGCACUCCCUGUCCCGGGUCGGCACACAGCAGGCAGCCCCCCCGGCCCUGGAGGUGCUGACCACCUGCUUCCAGCAGCUCUCCGGCUCCUACGAUGAGGAGUAUGGCGGCUUCUCACAGAGCCCCAAGUUCCCCACACCAGUGAAUUUGAAUUUCCUCUUCACCUACUGGGCUCUGCACAGAACAACCCCAGAAGGGGCCCGUGCCCUGCAGAUGUCUCUGCACACUCUCAAGAUGAUGGCACAUGGGGGCAUUCACGAUCACAUUGGUCAGGGCUUCCAUCGCUACUCUACUGACCAACACUGGCACGUCCCACACUUUGAGAAGAUGCUGUAUGACCAGGGGCAGCUGGCAGUUGUGUACAGCAGAGCCUUCCAGAUCUCUGGUGAUGAGUUCUUUGCCGACGUUGCUGCCGACAUCCUGCUGUACGCCUCGCGGGACCUGGGCAGCCAGACCGGAGGCUUUUACAGUGCAGAGGAUGCAGAUUCCUACCCGACGGCCGCCUCCAGCAAGAAGCAGGAAGGAGCUUUUUGUGUGUGGGCAGCCGAGGAGGUCCGGGCUCUGCUCCCUGACACGGUGGAGGGGGCUGCAGAGGGCAUAACCCUGGGAGAUGUCUUCAUGCACCACUAUGGGGUGAAGGAGGACGGCAACGUGAGCCCCAGGAAGGACCCCCAUAAGGAGCUGCAGGGCAAGAAUGUCCUCAUUGUCCGUUCCUCCCCGGAGCUGACAGCCGCGCGCUUUGGGCUGCAGCCGGGGCAGCUGAGUGCUGUGCUGCAGGAGGGCAGGCACAGGCUGCAGGCAGCCCGGGCACAGCGCCCACGGCCCCACCUGGACACCAAGAUGCUGGCCUCGUGGAACGGACUGAUGAUCUCAGGUUUUGCCCAGGCUGGAGCAGUGCUGGCCAAGCAGGAGUACGUGAGCCGGGCAGCGCAGGCGGCUGGCUUUGUGCGCAGGCACCUCGUGGAGCCAGGCAGCGGCAGGCUGCUGCGGAGCUGCUACCGUGGCGAGGCCGAUGUGGUGGAGCAGAGUGCUGCUCCCAUUCAUGGAUUCCUGGAGGAUUACGUCUUCAUCAUUCAGGGUCUCUUUGACCUCUAUGAAGCUUCGCUGGACCAGAGCUGGCUGGAGUGGGCCCUGCAGCUCCAGCACACACAAGACAAGCUCUUCUGGGACCCCAAAGGCUUUGCGUACUUCUCCAGUGAGGCUGGUGACCCCUCAUUGCUGCUGCGCCUGAAGGACGACCAGGAUGGAGCAGAGCCCGCUGCCAACUCCGUCACUGUCACAAACCUGCUCCGAGCAGCCUCGUACUCUGGCCACAUGGAGUGGGUGGAAAAAGCUGGGCAGAUCCUGGCUGCCUUCUCUGAGAGGCUGCAGAAGAUCCCACUGGCCCUGCCAGAGAUGGCCCGGGCCACUGCCAUGUUCCAUCACACCCUCAAACAGGUGGUGAUCUGUGGGGACCCCCAAGGAGAAGACACCAAAGAGAUGCUUCGCUGCGUGCACUCCACCUUCAUCCCCAACAAGGUGCUGAUGCUCGCAGAUGGAGACCGUGCCGGAUUCCUCUACCGCCAGCUGCCAUUCCUUUCUUCCCUGGAGAGGAAGGAGGGCAAAGCCACUGCUUAUGUCUGCAGCAACUUCACCUGCUCCCUGCCCGUCACCUCACCUCGUGCACUGCAGGAGCUGCUCCGCGCCUGAGCCCCGGUGUCCCACCAGGAGGGAUGGGGGGCUGGUGCUGACCUCGGAGCUCAGCAUGAGUCCCGGCACCCUGAACCCCCGUGGUGCCAUGGGGGGCUGCGUGGCCCUGCUGGUGCCCCCCCUGCACCUGUGCUCAUCAAUUGGCUCUUCUUGCAGAGGGAAGAGAAAGCAAACACAAAUCCCAGUGUUAACACAGCAGUCGGAUGCAAGAACUAUUUAAGGUUCCUAUAGCAACCCAGGAUAACUGCUGAACGCUCCUGGGUGAGAUCAGGGUGAAAUGCCUCUGGAAGUGUUCCUGUGGAUGGCCGUGGUACUUUUCCAUGGCAGGGCAGUCUGUGAUGUCCAUCAGUUACAUUGGGGCGUGCAGAGCCUGCUGCUCCCAUUGCUGCACGAGACCAAACCUGAGCGCUUCCAACACGACUCUGCGCUUUGCCAAGGACGGAGGCAUGGCACGGCCUGCACAGGGAGCUCCCAAAGGCUGCUUCUCAACGUGUGACGCUGUGUCCCACCCAACCCGAUGCCCACUGGGUGCUGCCAUCCCAGCACAGCGCUGCCGUGGGGCGAUGGCAGAUGGCAGCUGUGCUUUCAGGACGUUCCAAGGGGCCUUGCCAGGGCCUGAGUACCGGGCCAGGAGAAAUGCCUUUGAAGUCGAAGAGGAAUUUUGCACCUCAUCUUGUGAAUACUUUCUGUGCUUGUGAAAGAAGAGAGUUUGUUUUGUUUUGUUUUGGUUUUUUUACACUGAAGUGUUUCUGGAAGCCCAGCUGCAAACUGCUGCCUUUGGCAGAUGCUUUUCAUUUCUUUGCUUUUCAAGUUGCUGUUGUUUUCUAACUGGACACCUUUGCUGCAGGGAUUGAUGUGACUCCUGAAGUGAUGCUCCACAUCCCCACAGUGCUUGGAGCAGAUCGGUGCAUCCACCCCACACCGACACUUUGGGGACCUGGAGGUGGCCAUGCCCAUGGUGAACAGUUGUCCCCAAAGAGCAGAGGUGUGGGGUGCUUUGCCAUCCCGUGCCAUGGGCAGCAGGUGCCUUUCCCUACUCCCUGCUGCAUGUCGGCACGUUUUCCUCUGCAGCCACUGGGCAGAGCUGUGCUGGGAGCUGUGAGGACAAACUGGGCUGAGCAGCCAAAAAAAAAAAAAAAAAAAGAGAAGAAAAGAAAAGGAGGAAAAGCUUUCUGUGACAAAUAAACUCUGCUGUGGCA